AUGGCUGAUGCAGCUCUAAUCAGAGGUUUGCUUUCAAACUUGGCACCUCUGAUUAAGGAUAAAUUCUCGUUGUUUUGGAGUUUUAAGGAGGAGGUUCAAAAGCUAUCCAGCACGCUAUCUUCGAUUAGUGCCGUACUUGAGGAUGCAGAGAGAAAGAACGUGCAAGAGAAGCACAAACAAACGGAAGAUUGGCUGCGGAAACUGAAAGAUGUGGCGUACGAGGUUCGAGACAUCAUGGAUGAAUGCACCUUUGAAGAUCUCCGUCUUCAAGUCAACAGGCGUAAUGCCUCCUCUUCAACCCUGAUCCAGGUAACCAACUCAAUAACCCGUCCUUUUAGCAUUCCUAUGACACGUCGAAAACUUGGUCACAAAAUUAAGGAUGUUCAAAAGAAGCUUGACCAAAGUUUUUCAGAAGGCCAAAAGUUACAUUUGCGUGAAUCUAUUCAUGACUCAAAAUUUGACAAGUUUACUAGUCCUUGGCGUGAAACCAUGUCUUCUAGUUGUAAUCAAGUUUAUGGGAGAGAUAAGGAGAAGAAACAGAUUAUUGAUAUUCUGGUCAAUACAUCUAGUUCCAAAAAGUUAUCUGUUCUGCCAAUUGUUGGAAAGGGGGGUCUUGGUAAAACAACACUUGCCCAGACGGUCUUCAACGACGAGGAGAUUUCUAUGCAUUUUGCAACCAAAAUCUGGGUUUGUGUUUCAGAUGAAUUUGAUAUUAAAUUGGUGAUGAAAUCUAUCAUAGGAGAAAAGGUGGAAGCACGCACAAAAGAAUUGCAGAAAAAAGUUAGAGAAAAAUUGAGCAGGAAAAGAUUUUUGAUUGUAUUGGAUGAUGUUUGGAAUGAAAACGUUGAGGCAUGGGAUAAGUUGAGAUCUAUAUUGGAUUGUGGAUCAAAUGGUGCGUUCGUCCUCACCACGACAAGGAAAAAAAAUGUGGCAACAUUUAUGGAAACGAUUCAACAUUUUCAGUUAUCAUUACUUUCUAACGACGAUUGUUGGCUACUCUUAGAAGAGCGCGCAUUUAUGUUUGGAAUACCAAAAUUUUCUAGCUUUGUUGAUAUUGGAAAAGAAAUAGCUAAAAAGUGUAAGGGUGUUCCCUUAGUUGCCAAGACAUUAGGAAGUCAAUUGGCCUUCAAAAAUGAUAUAUAUGAAUGGUGUAAAAUAAGAGAUAAUGAGAUAUGGAAGAAAUCUCAAAAUGAUGAACAUGAUCUCUUGCAUAUUCUAAGGUUGAGUUAUUAUGAACUCCCUUAUCAUUUGAGAAGAUGCCUUGUGUUUUGUUCUAUAUUUCCUAAGGAUACUGAAAUUGAAAAGGAGAGAUUAAUCCAAUUGUGGAUGGCCCAUGAUUUAAUUCCUAUGGUUAAAAACCAUGUAGUUGAAGAUAUUGGGAAUACAAUUUGGAACGAGUUGCGUUGGAGAUCCUUUUUUCAAGACGAGAUAUUAGAUUGUUCUGGACUUUAUGAAAUAUGUAAGAUGCAAGGUAUUAUGCACGAUCUUGCCCAAUCUGUUAUGAAAGAUGAAUGUUAUACGUUGGAUGCUAAUAGCUCAAGUGAUGGUUUAAAACGAGAAAUUCGUCAUGUAACGGUAAUGGUUGAUGAAUUUGUCAAAAAAUCAGUUGGUUCUCUUAAGAAAAUUGGAGGGUUGAGAUCACUCAUGCUCAAUGGCACUGAUGCUGAUGGAAAGCAGAUUUUUUUGAGUGUCUUGAAGGAACUUCCGGCUUUACGUGUCCUUGAACUAAGCUGCGAUGUGUCAGACAAUGAAUACUUCAAUGUGAUAAUCAACUACAUGAAUGAAUCGAAAAAGUAUCUAGAUUUGCGUUACGUGGGAUGUCUAAAACAUCUUAGAUACUUAGACAUUUCCGGUAAUAGUCAGAUAACAACAUUACCUGAUAGUAUUUGUGAUCUCUUGAAAUUACAAACUUUGAAACUCAAUGAGUGUUUUAAGCUUGAAAGUUUGCCCAGAAAUACGAAAGACCUUAUUAGUCUGCGACAUCUUUAUUUGGAGAAUUGUAAUGAAUUAAAAUAUAUGCCUAAAGGGAUGGGGCAAUUGAAACAUCUGAAGACGUUAAGCUUGUUUGUGAUAAGCAACAAGGAGAAAUACUGCCAACUAGAUGAAUUAAAAGAUUUGGAUAUCGGUGGAUCUUUGAAAAUUAAGAAUCUUGGAAGUGUUACAGAUGCAUCUAAGGCAAGAGAAGUAAGUAUGGCUAAAAUGAUGAGUAUCAAUGAAUUGGAGUUGGAAUGGAGAACUAUCUAUGAAGAUGAUGAUUAUGAGAGCACGAGAAUUAGAGAUGAGAAAAUUGGUGAAGCUCUAGAGGUUUCAACUGCAAGGCUGAAGAAAUUGAAAUUGAGUGGUUACAAAGGUGUGAAUCUCCCUAAAUGGGCGGGAAAGUCAUGUCCUUCCCUAACACGCCUUGAGCUUAAGGGCCUAGACAAUGUGAAUAUUAUUGCUAUUAGUAGCGAUGACAAUGAAAUGAUAGUACUAUUCCCUUUGUUAGAGGAACUUGUUGUUGUUGGUAUGAAGAAAUUGAGGGAAUUGGUGUCACCUAGCUGUACUGGAGCAUUCCCUAAUCUAACCAAGCUGGCGAUAUGGUAUUGCCCAAAGCUAGGGGCCUUGCCACUGCAUCUCAAAUCACUCAAAGAUGUAACUGUCAUUGGUGAAUGUUCGAAUGAAUUGUUAUAUAGCAUCUUGAAUCUUAAUGGUACUCUCACUCAUCUGAAUCUUAAUGAAUUGAAUAAUGAUGUAGAGCACAUAUUCACCGUCAACAACAUCAGAAUUGAAGUAGUGUUAUUCCCUUUGUUAGAGGAACUCAAGAUUGGUGGCAUGAAGAAUUUGAGGGAAUUGGUGUCUCCUACUAUUCCUAGUGCCGGAGCAUUCCCUAAUCUAUCCCGUCUGCGUAUAUUUAAAUGCCCAAAGCUAGGGGCCUUGCCACCGCAUCUCAAAUCACUCAAAGAUGUUUAUAUUCAUGGUGAAUGUUCGGAUGAGUUGUUAUAUAGCAUCUCGAAUCUGAGUGCUCUCAUUCUUCUCACUCUUAUUGAAUUGGGUGAAAGAAGUGUUUUAUUUGGAGGAGUACGUCCAACUUUCCAAUCUCUUCAAUCCCUGUCUAUUGAGAGAUGCCCCAAGUUAAGGCGUUUGUUUGAUGAGGGAAUGAUAAUGCAAGAGACAUUUAUGAACAGGGGAACAAGAGGUCUCAUCAGCUCUCUCACGGAAUUGAUUACUAAUACAAAGAUUUGUUGCUGCCAGAACGAAGGCUUGAUGAACUCUCUCACAGAAUUGAUUAGUAAUACAAAGAUUGGUGACUGCCAGAACAAAGACUUUAUGAACUCUCUCACGGGAUUGGAUAUUCGUAAUUGCCCGGAGUUGAUGAUAUCAGUUGAGGAAUUUGGAAACCUCAAUAUUAAUAAUUCACUACAGAGUUUGUAUAUCAGGCGUUGUCCUAAGUUGGUGUCUUCAGAAGAAGCGGACGAUGUUAAGGCACUCCUGCGUUCCCUUCAAAACAGACUUGAUCCUGAGAAUUUUGAUGUAGAUAUCAAAUUAGAAGGAGUAGAAGACUCAACAAACACGAAGAGCAGAGCAUACUGGCCAUGUAACCAAAUUUGGAAUCUUCUGCUGGUAGAAAGUGGGGAAGUUAUUGUUGAUGCGCCAAACUAUGAAUAA